AUGAAGGAUACCAUCUUACCAACGCUUCACCAUAUUGCCAAGAAAUAUCCGGGUAGGCUAACGAAGACCUUCGAUCGUCCCCAUAGCCAUGACUUGGUACACUUCGAUGAAGGCGAUGUGGUGAUAGUGCGCUCUGAAGGCAGAACGACGAAGGCAAUAUGUCUACUCUUUGGUCCGUAUGCUACUAAGACUAGAAUCGGACAACGCUAUCAGAUAGCGAACAAAGACGGGUCAGCCCCAUCAGACUUAAAAAGCAAGCCAGUCCGUGUCGAACUCAUCCGGUUAGUACACCGUAUUACAGACCCGCCACUCGACGACACAUCGGGGGACGAAGGAGGAACAGGCAAACUGGAAUAUUUGGUGCGAUGGCGCGAAGGCGACCCAACGUGGGAGACAGUCGAGGCCUUUAGCGAUCCCAACGACAUUGUCGCCUAG